AUGGACUACGACACGUUCCUCACGACGCGUCUCCUCCAUGACAAGCAGGCGGUCACCUACCGUCUAUUGAGCCGCGCGACGCAAACCCAUGUCGACCAAGCAAAAGCAGCCCUGCAGACGUUUUACGAGCAAUCGCGUGAUCAAGUCACCGCUGUGUACUUGGUCCAUGGCCAUACGAACGAGAAGGACAUGUCAUAUACCCUAGUUUCUGAAGACGCACUGCCUGCAGCGACGCGUGACGCCCUGACGUCGCCGACAUGGUUCGUGUAUGCAUUGCAGCCAGGCGCCCACGCCGCAGUCGAUGCGCCCUACCUCGCCAGCAUCCAGCAAGGCCUAGCACGCGAUCCAGCGUACGCGGCGCAGCGUGCGAACGGUCUCGCGGCCUUUGGCGCUGUGACAAAUACAUGGAGCAGCCGUGGCACAGCCGCACCGCCUCAGCCCAUGUCGGCCGCGACCGGCCCCGCCCCUGCCAGCACCGGUGCAGGUAAGAAACGACGCAAAGUCAUCAAGCAAGUGCGUAUCAAGAACGAGCGAGGCUACAUGGUCACCAAGGACGUGGAGACCUACGAAUCAGGCUCCGACGAGGACACGCCGUCCGUGAAACCCGCUGCAGCACCGACCACAGCAUCGACGCCGGCCGCGGCGGCGCCGGCCAAGCCCAAACGCAAGGGCACGGCGGCCAAGCAGCAGAAUCUCAUGAGCUUCUUCACGAAAAAGUCGUAG